UCAACAGCAAAGGUAUACACUGGAAGCGAUAAAACAGGAUCCGCGAAAAUCGAAACAUCAGCAUAGUUUUGUGUCAGUGUGCGUGUGUGGAUGAAAAGAGAAGUUUUACCUGCCUGUGGCACAAUUGCGGUGGUAGCAAAGUGAUCCUCUUAGACAGCGUAGCCUGAUGAACAGGGAUCGAAUUGGAUCGUACGGUAGUGAAAAAAUUGGAUCAAGUGCAGCUCUACGGCACUGCGUGUCAACCUUAGUGGUGUUAUGCUUGCAGUCAAGAGAUUUGCGGAAAAAAUGCACAAGUGGUACCAGGAGCGCAAACCGCAGUGAAGAGAAAUGAAAAGUUUGUAAACAAAUGAAAAUUUGAAAAAUAACAGCGUGUUCGAGAUCCAAGCGUAGAGAACGUAAAGCGAAGAGGCAAAACAAGCAAAAAGCGAGUCAACAAUUAUAGAAUAACUGGAUUGAUUAGAAGCACUGUAGGUGAGGUGGAAGAAUUCCAAGGGAAGAGAAAACGUGCUACAGAGUGUGGGUAUUAAGUGCGAAUCGGUUUGCUCGUUUGUGGUCUGUCUGCCCCAUUUGGAAGCAAUUGGAGGAACGAACGAAAGUGCUGUGAGAUAUGCAAAGCUGAGAACGGAUAAAAAAGUACAGACAAGGGAUUUAAACAAUCGAAAUCGGAGAAAAAUAGAAAUAAUCACUGGGAUCUAAAUACGAUGAUUGCAUAAUUUGGAACCGUAGCAAGUUUGAAGUGAAGGUACAAAUCGUACGAAGGCAGGUCGAAGUUAAUAACACUAAAUUUGUUAUUGUGAACGUAAUAACAAAAAAAUCGAAACGACGAAACGAAUUCCAGUUUCAGAGAAAUAAAAGUGAAAUAAAAAUCUUUCGUACGUGCACUGUGAAGAUUUCGUUUUCUCAGAUAGUUUGGUUUUGCAUUUUGCGCUGCCACUACCAGGGUCUGUAGCACGAGGCAAAGGUCAAUCACGCGAAGGUCUGUUUUCGCAAACGUGUCGACAAAAUGGAUAACGAAUCGUGCUUCGGCGGCGGAGACAUCGCCGGUGCCAUCUUUGGGACCCUGCUGGCCGUCGUGUUUCUCGCCGGGCUGGCAUGGUGGCUCUACCGGAAAGGCUAUUUGCUGAAAAUUAAAGAAUCACAACUCGUCCCGGAGGACCCCGAGAAUAAGAAGGAUGAAUUUGCGUUUGAUAACCCAGCGUUCAAAACAGGCGAUGGCACCGCCGGGAUCAGUAAGAGCAACUCUCCGCUCGAUCCCAGCUGGACAUCUGGCACUAAGCAAAACAGCCUCGACAAGCGGAAAACGGUUGACGAUAGCUGCAUCAAUAUCGCCACCCCCAGGCUUGUUUCCCUGCGUGGGUCAGACUUCACCGGACUAGGAGUGGAAGUGUACGGUGGACUUAAGGAGGGUAUUUUCGUGAAGAAAGUCAUGCCCCAGGGCCCAGCAGCCGGUUCCGUAAACACAGCCGACAGAAUCACCAGUCUCACAAUCGACUUUCGACACAUCGCCCUGGAAGAUGCGAUGACUAUUCUAAGUUAUGCAUCCCCGUAUAACGUUCAGCUGGAGUGUGUCAGUGGCGAGAAAAUUCCACCAACACAAAGUCCCAAGCCUGGCCAUCAACCCCUGUCUCACCCUAUGGUACGGUCAAGCAGUCAGUCCGACAUGAAUACGAUUGAACGCAAUUCCCGCAAAAAGAUGUUUCCCGGUGAGGACGCCAGCUCGACACUGAAGAUGGAACAAAAUUCCGGACCACCCAGCUUGAACAAGGUUUUGCCCACGGUCCACAAGGAGAACGAAAAGGAACCGAAAAAGCACUCAUUUAAACAACAGAUGAAGGAGAUGAUAGAGGAAAAGUUUCAGUCACGCCAUGCGGAAGUCGACCGUAAAGACUCGAGUGGAGAGGGUAAAAAAGGUCACAAAUUCGGUAUUCGCGUUUUCCCACCAUCUGUAAACGAUAAGCUGUUCGGUCGUAGUCCAACCAAAAUUCAAGCUGACAACGAAAACAACACCAACAUCGAAAAGAAAGAAUUCGAAGACAAGAAGGAAAAAUCUCCCUCACCGCCGGUUGUAAAGAAGCGUACCAAAGAGCCAAAGAUGGUUCCAGAUGUAGUGGUAAUUGAAACAGCGCCGGUUGAGGUAAACGUCACACCGACUGAAUUUCAACGCCAGAAUAGCUUGACAUCCAGUGGAAUAAAACGCGAUGCAGCCGGCAUUCCACAGGAAAUGCCAGGGUUCAUGAUGCAAGCUGCCAAUGCCGCAAAAGAUAAUCGUAAAUCGACGAACGUCGAAGCUGACAACAAGCGCAAGGGAAAGGCUCCGAGACCCCCGCAAAAUGAAACCGGAAUGGAUGACAGCACAGUUACCAUGUACACCAAUCUUAGCUCCGAUGUAACCGACGGCGUCGGCAACGCUAGCCAAAUCGCCGGCGAAACCAUAGAAAUUCUUCCGGAACAGGAAACUGACAGGAAGAAAUUUAACGUCAGCGAUCGUAUGAACUUUUCCGAUAACUUCGCAGAAGAAGUCCUAAAUUGUACCAUCGACAGUAUUUCGGGCAUGGAAAAGUUCGACGAAGAGGGACCCAGUAACAGUUCGACACCAAAGAGUGACCGCAAGAAAAGUUCCAUGACCGAGAGUAUGACGCACGCAGUUGGUCACGAUUCUGACGUCGAACACCACGAGGUCCCACUUGGUAACAAGAUCGAGCUGGACUCCAGUGACAUAACCGUACACCAGAGUUCACCAAGCCCGACCAGCAGCGAGGAGAUGAUCGACGAUAGCAACAGAAGAACGGCUAGCUUAGGAGAUCUGUCAAAGCUUGAAACUCAGAAAUCAAAUCCAGGAAGCAACAGCAAUACGUUGGAGAGAGCACAGAGCCUGGAAAUUUCUGGAGAUGCAGACAUUGCUGUUGUAACUGGAACCACAACAACUGGAAAUAAGAAACGCAAAGUAUCAAUCGAGGGUCAGGUACAAGUUGACCCGAAGGAACCCAAACUAACGUCCGGUAUAAGUGGUGGUCUGAUGGAUGGAAUAAACUCUUUGCAAAGGCUUAAAGGUGCUUCGGCUUGGGGUAAUUUAGAGGAUGCGAUCAAUUCUGGAGAAUUGUUGAAUAGUUCAUCGGAAAGUGACAUCAAGACUUCCACAGAAGAUGUGUCAGAGAAGACAGUCGUCUCUGUAGAGAAUGGAUUCGCUAACACGAAAGAGCCGCUAACAGAAAACACCAGUGCUGUGGUUCAAAUGGUUAAUGGAACUACUAUGAUAAAUGGUAUUGAAGACAAUAUCGUAACGUUAGACGUCCAACCACAAAAACGAACAGAAGACAACAAACCAAGCUCUGUUACAGUGAUAGAUAAGGUAGCUCCGGCAGUCAUUGUUGCAGAAGAGAGGAAAAUGGAAAAAGAUAAUGAACACGUUUCGUUAACUACAAUCAACAUGGACUAUAAUGGAAGUUAUCCCCUGGAAGCAGAACAGGUUAUGAACAAAACUGAUCAAGUGAAAAUUACCAACUAUGAUACAAACAUACCGGAUGAUGUUAAAGUCUCAAGAUAUCCUUUCGGUAGUCUUGAGCGGCCUAAAUCAGACGUGUUGAAGAAGCUUUUGGGGCAAAAAGAAGAGCUUGAAAAUACACCAUCUGUGUUCAUCUCUGGAGAUAGUGAUCCUAACAAAAUAACGAUCGAAAAUAGCUAUCAUGAUAUUGGUGAACCGAUCAGUUUGACUCUGAUCAAUAGCACGGAAACACAUCCGGUAGAAAACGACCUUACGGAGAGUAGCCAAGCUUCUCCGGUAUUUUCCAGCAAUACAAACGGCGUAAGCAGUAUCAAUAUUUCCUCAUUGGAAAUUGAUCUAACCAAAUCGCUCAACAGCAAACCAUUCACGGUGGCUCCAAAAUUCUCGCUGGACAAUAUCGUUACCAUUUCUACGGAAUCCUCUCAACCAUCGUCAAUCAUUCUAAUAGAUGACGAAAAGCUGGAUUUUAGUUUGCAAACGUUGGAUGAUUUUGAAGACAGCAUUGAAAAUACGGCCAAUACAGAGUCUCAGCACAACUUUUUAUCAGAAAUAAACAAAACAGUCAUCGAAACUAACCCGCCCAUCACCGAGAAACCCAUUACACCGAAUAGUUUCGUCACGGAAAUAACCGUAAAAACGCCAGAAUCAGAACAAAACGGAAAACCCGAAGAACCUCCUAAGGUAACGAAAAAACCUCCGAAACCGGAAAAACCUACCACACCGCCGUCUCGCAUUCCCGUCGAACGAAGAAUGUCCAGUGAACAUAGUUACAUCCCGCGCAAUACGGAAAUUAAGUUCACCACCUCCACAUACGACUCUGGCAAAAACCAUGACAAACGUCCGCUAGGAAUCGACCAGAUACGUUCCAACUUUGAACGAAGUAACUCUAAGCCUGAUGUUCGUUCCUUUGAACGCAGCAACUCCAAACCAGACGUUCGCCCAUUCGAACGAAGUAAUUCGAAGCCCGACGUUCGCCCCUUCGAGCGUAGCAACUCGAAACCGGAUGUCCGCCCGUUCGAACGCAGCAACUCCAAAACAGACGUACGUUCCGUGCUAGAACGGAGUAACUCCAAAACGGAAAUCCCAGUUUUGAUUCGACGAACUUCGAUUCCAUCGAUAAACCUAAACAGUUCCAGUACAGUAAAUUCCACUCUGCAGGUCACGAUGAACGGUAAUGGAAACGGCACCAAAGCGAGUCCAUCCCGUAUCCCAGUGUUCAACUCUACCAGUAAGCUGAACAAUGGCCAUGACAGUCCCCGAUCCCCGCCACCGUUUAUCCACAACAAUAACAAUAACGCUGGCAGUAUCAAUAACAAUCACGCCAGCAAUAAGGUGUCAGUAAGCAUUACCUCAAUCAAGAAUCAAUCCAAACAUCCGAGUGGCAAAUUCGGUGGCAACUGAACGGAUGUCACAUGUAUAAAUACCUAUGUACUAUUCUUCCACGACUAACCACUCAUUAUUUUCUUCACUAAUGGUGCAAUUGAUAGUAGAUGCGUAUGAGAUUUCUAUGGAAUUACGCUAAAUGCUAUAAAAGACUUAAGUACUUGUUUGAAUCUAAUUCAAUGUAAUCAUUGCAAUCAUUCCAAAAUUAUUGUUUGAACGGAAUGAAAAUAACCAGGAUAAUGCGGAUCGUUUACAACACACGCAGUUGGGAGAUUGCAUACAAAACACAACGAUAUGAAUUUAGUUAGAUCUUCCAUUUUACUAUUAAUCAAAAGUAUUAAUAAUAAAAAGUUCGCACCUUCGCAUAGAACCGAAAUAGAAAUUCAAUCCAGCCCGCAGCCAGUUUCCGCAGUAUCCGAAAGAUGUAUCUAUUGACUAAUUGAUAAGCGCCAAAUUGUAAAUGUUUAUA